AGUGCGCAUCAUGGCUGCGGUGUGCGUUGCCUCGCGAGUGCUUGCCAAGCGGGUGCUGUCACCUAAAUCACUCCCAGCAAUUUUCCCAGGGAGCUCCAGAAACUUUCACUUCUCCAUUUAUGGGAAAAGGGACAAUGCUAAAGUUUCAGAUGGCAUCUCUACGCAGUACCCAGUAGUAGACCAUGACUUCGAUGCAGUGGUGGUGGGCGCUGGCGGUGCUGGGCUUCGGGCAGCUUUCGGUCUGUCAGAAGCCGGCUUCAAUACAGCAUGUGUCACCAAGCUGUUUCCCACAAGGUCCCACACCGUGGCAGCACAGGGUGGCAUCAACGCAGCCCUUGGAAACAUGGAAGAGGAUGACUGGAGGUGGCAUUUUUAUGACACAGUGAAGGGAUCUGAUUGGCUGGGAGACCAGGACGCCAUACAUUACAUGACAGAGCAGGCCCCGGCAGCUGUGGUGGAGUUGGAGAACUUUGGCAUGCCCUUCAGCCGUACAGAGGAUGGGAAGAUCUACCAGCGUGCCUUCGGGGGUCAGAGCCUGAAGUUUGGGAAGGGAGGACAGGCGCAUAGGUGCUGCUGCGUAGCUGACCGGACAGGCCACUCCCUCCUGCAUACGCUCUAUGGCCGGUCCCUGAGAUAUGACACCAGCUACUUUGUGGAAUACUUUGCCCUGGACCUACUGAUGGAAGAUGGCGAAUGCAGAGGCGUGAUUGCGCUGUGCAUGGAGGAUGGUUCAAUCCACCGAUUCAGAGCCAAGAACACGGUCAUCGCCACAGGUGGCUACGGUCGCACCUAUUUCAGCUGCACAUCUGCCCACACCAGCACCGGUGAUGGCAAUUCCAUGGUGACCCGUGCAGGUUUGGCAUGCCAGGACAUGGAGUUUGUUCAGUUCCACCCAACAGGGAUCUAUGGCGCAGGCUGCCUGAUCACCGAGGGCUGCCGUGGGGAAGGCGGCAUCCUCAUCAACAGUGAGGGUGAACGUUUCAUGGAGCGCUACGCCCCCAAUGCCAAAGACCUGGCCUCCCGUGAUGUGGUCAGUCGCUCCAUGACCAUCGAAAUCCGAGAGGGAAGGGGCUGCGGGCCAGAGAAGGACCAUGUCUACCUGCAGCUGCAUCACCUCCCUCCCCAGCAGCUGGCCACACGUUUGCCUGGUAUCUCAGAAACAGCCAUGAUCUUUGCCGGAGUGGAUGUCACCAAGGAGCCCAUCCCUGUGUUGCCCACCGUCCACUACAACAUGGGAGGCAUACCUACAAACUUCAAGGGCCAGGUCAUCAGCCACAAGGAUGGGGUGGACAAGGUGGUGCCAGGGCUGUAUGCGUGUGGCGAGGCCGCCUCUGCCUCUGUACAUGGUGCCAACCGCCUGGGCGCCAACUCUCUGCUGGACCUGGUAGUGUUCGGUCGUGCCUGCGCCCUCACCAUUGCUGAAAAUUUCACCCCAGGAGAGACUCUCCCCCCGCUGAAGGCCGAUGUUGGCGAGGAGUCUGUGGCUAACCUUGAUAAACUGAGAUUUGCGAACGGAAGCACAAGAACAUCCGAGAUCCGGCUUAAUAUGCAAAAGACUAUGCAGAGUAAUGCUGCUGUCUUCCGCACUGGCUCCAUCCUAAAGGAGGGCUGUGACAAGAUGGAUUCCAUCUACAGAUCCAUGGACGACAUAAAAACAUUUGACAGAGGCAUCGUAUGGAACACGGACCUGGUGGAGACCCUGGAGCUGCAAAACUUGAUGCUGAACGCUGUGCAAACCAUCCAGUCUGCGUUGGCACGUAAAGAGAGCCGUGGUGCUCAUGCCAGGGAGGAUUACAAGGAACGUAUAGAUGAAUAUGACUACUCCAAACCAAUCCAGGGGCAGCAGAAGAAGCCUUUUGAUGAGCACUGGAGGAAGCACUCCCUGUCAUACGUAGAUGCAAUAUCUGGCAAGGUAACAUUGGAUUACAGGCCUGUGAUUGACAACUCUUUGAAUGAGGAGAAAUGUGCUGCCAUCCCCCCUGCAAUCCGCUCAUACUGAUCUGGUUGACUGUAUUUUGUAAUGAGAAUUUCGUGUGUGCUCCCCCCACCCGCUCAUUUCUCCUAUUUGCUUCUUUUUUAAUAUGUGGUGUUCAUAAAACAUGCAAAGUACAACAUGCUACAUUCAUCUUGGACUUAAUAUUCACUAAUACACUUUACUUCAGCUUCAGUUGGCCAGCCAGUGAAGUUCCUGCAUAGUAUUUUUCAGGCAAAUCAAUAAAUAUUUACAAGUAGUAGCAG